AUGGCACCGAGCAUGUAUAUUGACGCUAGAGCUGUUCACAAGACCUCUGAUAUGUCUUCGCACCAGACUCGGGACCACUCCAAGAAAACCGGAAGCUCGCACAAACAAACCGGAGAUUUGACCCAGUCAACUAUGUCAUCGCAAGCUGGUGGGGAUUUGACCAAACCCUCCGGAGUCAUGUCUCAACCCGAUUCUACUGAGCAAGCGGAUGAAGAUUCGACCAAGAAGAACAAGUACUCGCAGGAAGAGUCCACAGAUUCAAACAAGUCAACAGGAAGCUCGUCUCAAGUUGAUUCAUCUGAGCAAGCCGAUGGAGAUUCGGAAAAGACGGGUACAACCUCUGAGUCUCAAGAUCAAUCUGGAUAUUCAAACAAGCCAUCAGGAAGCUCUUCUCAAGCCGAUCCUUCUGAGCAAACCAGUGAAGAUCCGACCAAGCAGGGUAAAACCUCGCAAGAAGAAUCCGGAUAUUCUCAUAGUUCAUCAAAUCAAUCCACAUCUCCUUCUGAUCCAUCACCAGCGAACACAACCUCAAGCGGGACCAACAGAACCUCGACCGAGAGAGCUUCCACUUUGCACGCCACCGGUCACUACAUCGGAAAACGACCAAGCGAUAGUUGGCUGUCGGCGAAUCCAGCCGAAAAGUCCAACGAUGACGUCCAAGCUGCUGAAUGUGCUCACAAUCUCCGAACUCACAGUCAAAAUUUCGCAUACUUCAAGAUUGAUGCUUCAAAGGCUAACAACCAUGGUGCACCCUAUGGAACUUGUUAUGCUACAUCGAUCGCUCCAGAGGAAUCAGAGUUGGUAGCGGAUGAGACCUAUGAUGUGUUCUUCUGGAACAACCUGGGUGGAGAACCGGGCGUAGGAACUGGGCCUAUCCGAAACUCCGAGACUGGAGUUGCUGGCUACGAGGACACGGAAGGAAGACACUUCGAUGGCGAGAACCCUGACAAGUCACCUUAA